CAGUGUAAUUGUAAGCAAAGCUGAAAUCAAAGAUGAGGAUGAUGAAAUUACAGACAUACAGUAUUUAGAAGAAGACCUGAUCAAUGACGAUGAGCAAUGCAAUGAAGAAACGGACAGCAAGAGCAUCUUGGAAAUCACGAAAGCAGGCAAGAAGAAUCUUAGAAAAUUAGUAUCUGUUACAAAUAAUAAGGAUCGGAAUUAUUACUGCGCAUCAUGCAAUAAGAAAUUCAAAAAGAUGAAAGCUCUCCGUAACCACAUGAAAAAGCAUGAAAAAGAGACUGAGGCGAACGCGUGCGGGCAGUGUAAGGAGGCGUUCACAUCAGCACACGACUUACAGCUGCAUAGUGCUGUGCACCUCAAGGGGCCCGUGUGGACGUGCCCUAACACCGACUGCCAGAAGGAGUACAACAAUCGCACAGUGUUCCGCCGCCACGUGCGCCGGCACAUGCUCGGCAAGCGGCACUGCUGCGAGCGCUGCGGCAAGGGCUUCGCGGAGCGCCACGCCCUGCGGCGGCACGCGCGGGUGCACUCCGGCCUACCCGCGCCCAGGGACCACGCCUGCCACAUGUGCGAUAAGCGUGUCUGCUGCGAGCGCUGCGGCAAGGGCUGCGCGGAGCGCCACGCCCUGCGGCGGCACGCGCGGGUGCACUCCGGCCUACCCGCGCCCAGGGACCACGCCUGCCACAUGUGCGAUAAGCGUGUCUGCUGCGAGCGCUGCGGCAAGGGCUGCGCGGAGCGCCACGCCCUGCGGCGGCACGCGCGGGUGCACUCCGGCCUACCCGCGCCCAGGGACCACGCCUGCCACAUGUGCGAUAAGCGUGUCUGCUGCGAGCGCUGCGGCAAGGGCUGCGCGGAGCGCCACGCCCUGCGGCGGCACGCGCGGGUGCACUCCGGCCUACCCGCGCCCAGGGACCACGCCUGCCACAUGUGCGAUAAGCGGUGA